AUCAAUAGCCCAUUCAUCUUCGCCUCAUGGGCUAUUGACCCGUAGCCCGCAAGGGCUACGGGUCUAAUUGCUAAUUAGACACCAGACUUUAGCCGAUAGUCAGAGUGGUAGGGUCUUUCUUCAAAUCUUAUUUGUACAAAGAGAGCCAGUGAUACGAUGAAAAAUAUAAAAAGAGUCCGGUCUAUGUUCCUCUUCAAAAAGAGACCUUCGAGGUGGGGGCGGGGAAGAGGGCAGCGAGACCGAAAGAGGAGUCCCGAACUGCGGCUGGCAGAGUCCUCCGCACCACCUGGGCUGACUGGGCUCGGACUGUCAUGGGAUCUGUCAUGGGCUCUCUGUCCUCUCCGUCGAGCUCUGAAAGCCGCUGCCCUACAGAUACUCAGGAGUACUAGUAUCUUGACAGACGGAUUGCGGACGUGCAUAUGGACCAGGGACCCCUGCCCUGCUAUGGACGGAUGGAUGGACCGAUGGACAGACGGACGGACGAGCAGGAUGAUUCGACUGAUUGAUUGAUUGAUGUGUGUGUGCGUGAUACAGCCCGUUCGUUAAUUCGUCAGGUUCAAGUUCCGAGCUGUAUACCAUGAUUUCUCUUUCCUUGAUUUAUCUGGAGCAAGAAGUCCCCAUCAGUAAGGCAACACACUUUCACAACCUCGCUCCCAGGGUUUCAUUUCAACCCACUCCCUAAGUAGAGAGGCUCUGAGAACGAGUUUGUCACUUCAUUGUAUUUGGAAGGUGCUCCAAGGGAACGUAGGCCUUUAUGGGAACCUUUACAUGAAUGCAAUUUAUUGCAUACAGAAGUCAGGCCCUCCAAGAUCUAGCCACGCUGCUAGUCAAUAGAAGUACACAGUACCAGCCACAUAUGCCUGUCUCUUCAAGGUGUUUUGCUCUUGUUGUAUCCCUGUUGAUUUUAAUCAUCUUCUUUGGUUAUUGUUUGACAACAUGGAACAAUGAUACAACAAAGAAAAUAGUUAGCAAAGAUUUGAACAAAUUUGAUGAGCUCAGCAAUGUUCCCAAGAAAAGUGCUUUUCUCAGUGUGAUAAAUGAGGGUGCAAACUUGAAGAAACGUUUACCAAAGGCAGUCAUCAUUGGUUCAAAUAAGUCCGGCACUCGGGCAUUGCUUGUUAUUCUUAAGAUGCAUCCAGACAUUAAAGCAUGCCCAGAUGAGGUACACUUUUUUAACAGAGAGGAAAACUACCUGCUUGGCUUGGAGUGGUACCGAGCAAGAAUGCCCAAAUCUACUGGAGAUCAGUUGACCAUAGAAAAAUCUCCUGCCUACUUUACAACAAGAAGUGUUCCUGAACGUGUGUAUAACAUGUCAAAAAAUAUCAAGCUCUUGGUGAUUGUCCGGGAUCCAACAAUUAGGGCAAUUUCAGAAUACACACAGUUAGUAUUAAAGCCGAACAGCUCCCUUCCAAAGUUUGAGGACUAUGUUACAAAGAAUCGAAACACUGUCAACAAGGAAAGAGGCAUAGUGAAAUCUGGAGUUUAUAUCAAACAUUUGAACCGCUGGCUGAAGUUUUUUCCACUCGCACAGAUUCAUUUCGUCAGUGGAGAGCAGCUUAUCAGAAACCCAGCUACUGAGAUAAAACUUGUUGAAAAGUUUCUUAACUUGAGGCCCUUGAUAACAGAAAAGAACUUCUACUUUGACAAAACAAAAGGAUUUCCUUGCUUUAUUGGAAAAAUUGGAUUACAUGGAAAGAAGAAGAAUGGCUGCUUAAAGGGAGCAAAAGGAAGAAAACAUGUUCCAGUUGCUAAUGACGUGGUCAAACUCCUACAGGACUACUACAGGCCUUUUAACCAGGCUCUGUAUAAAGUUGUAGACCGGGAUUUUCACUGGGCAUGAUCAUCCUGAAGUCUGUCGUUGAAAUUCUAAAUUUAGGGAAUAUUUAACUAUGUUAUUUGCCAAAGGCAAAGUAAACAUAGGUGAAUAUUCACUGAGAUGAAGUCGAGGUGAAUAUUCACCAAUGUUCACUGAGCCUGGGGUGGUGAAUAUAAAAUCACAUGAGGAAUCACUCAACCAAUCAGCUCUGAAUUUAUACUAAUAUUUAUUAUAAAGACUUUCCUCUUGUGGUCAGUUGACUGCUCUUCCAAGUAAAAUUGUAGACCACCUGUCAAAUUUUACACUGAAUUGUUAUAGAUUGAGUCUGCACAGUUCUGAUGCUGUACUACCUGGCAACGUCAAGAAAUGUCAGCCAUACAUGUGUAAAAUCAUCAUAAUAACAUGCUAUAUAUAAAUUGCUAUGGAUAUGUUUAUAUAUAAAUUUAUAUUUAUAAAUUUAUAUAUUAAUUUAUACAUAUUGCUAUCUAUAAAUUGUGAUAUAUAACUUAAUAACAUGUAUGUUUGAUUAUUUGUGUAUAUAACCUUCCUGGAAAGGAAACUGCUAUCUCGUUGAAGAAAGUAAGUUGUUGUGUUGUUAGGAAUUUUGUGGCAUCACCUGGGUGCCUCUCUACAAACAAUUUUACUGUAGUGUUCCAAAAGUACUGCAACAAUAAAUUAAUCUUUGACACUACAGGUGACCCCCUUGCAAACUCGAACCAAAAUAAAUCAAUUUCCUGGCCUGCAUUUCCUUUAUAUAUUUACUGUAAUUUUACCCUUGGAAACUCAAACCCUCAAUAACUAAAACCUGCCACUUACCCAAAGCAAUUUUGUUUCUCUCCAGGUCAUUUUCUUUAUAAUUUUACCCUCAAUAACUCAAGCCCUGUUUGUCAAUACACAACUACUCAAGACAAUCUGGCCCAGGUUGUUCAAAAGGUGAUAAUGCUAUCCACUGGGUAGUGAUUUAUCCACUGCCAGUACUGCAGUCCAAAACACUGGAUUUCCCUUGAGGGUUCAAGUUAUCGGGAAUUGACUGUACUUUCAGAUGCAUUAACCUUCUUGUGUUGCUAUUUUUAGAGGAGCUCAGCGCAUAAUAUGGCACGCACUAUAGUCCAUCACAAUAAAAGUACAAAUGUUUGCAUAAAACUACAGUAAUUAUUUCUGGAAGGAAUCUUUUUUUUUCUUUUUUUAAAUUAUGUUUUUUUCAAAUUAAUGACAAAAAGAAUUGUUAUCACAUUGAACAAGGUAAUCCUAUUUUCCUUUGAAUAAUUACUGUAAAGUUCAUCUAGAACAAGCAGCAAAGUCAGUUUGGUACAGCAUGCAGUAUUGACUGUUAUUUCCAUAAUUUGUUUCUCAAAAGCAAGUUCAGUUGGUUUUGAAAUUGCUAGUUUUGGACCAUUUCAUAGGUUACAACUUUUGGGAUCUGCUAAGGAAUGGACCAUUACAUUUUUGAAUGACUGAUGCAGGUUUUUCAAGCGUACUGCUUCAGUGUUUUAUUUUGUAUGUAAAUAUUUAUUCCAGUCUGACUUGCAAACUGAAACAUGGUCCUGUUAGUUAAGGCUCGCCUAAUUAUAUGAUGAGACUUAUUUAAACAAUUAACUACAAAUUUGUUAUUGCUAGGUUACAACCUAAAGUAAACGAGGGGAAGGAUAUAUUAUAUAUAGAAGAAUUAGAAAUAUAUCAUACAAUACAGAAUUAAUGCAUUUUAGGUUACCAACAAAUUAAAUAACAAAAUAAUAUCUGUUGUACCAUUUUAAAGUGAGAAAUAUUUUAUAUAAGAUAUAUUAAUUUCUGUUGUCAGGGAGUCUAUACAACAAUAUUAUUAUAAAUAAAAAUUAUAUUAUGUUUGAAAAGGAAUAAAACUUCCAGUUCUA